AUGAUUUCCAAGAUGUCAAUUCAUCAUAUUUGUUGUCUGUCAGCGAUUUUACUCGUACUUGUUCACACUUCUACCGGUUUUUGUCCCUCAAAGUGUUUCUGCGAAGGCGACUAUAAUCUAAGAGCCUCCUGUUUGGGUGCCGGACUCGAAGUUGUCCCCAUCCAGCUGAAUCCUGACAUCAAAUACAUCAAUUUGACACACAAUCAAAUCCAAAAUGUCUACUUUACGCUGACAUUUUACUACAAAUUACAAGUUCUCGAUAUCUCGCAUAAUCGUUUAGACGACUUGGGAUCGAAAAACUUCGAGUCACAAGAAAAGCUUCAUACGCUCAUCCUGAACGACAAUCAACUGAUUGCCGUGAAAAAAGACGCGUUCCGCGGACUAAAGGAACUCGUCGAACUAAAUUUAAGCAAUAAUCGAAUCGAGGAGAUUCAUCACACGGCAUUUAGUGAUUUAAUUAAAUUACUGCGACUGGAUUUGUCGAACAAUCAAGUUUUGCGGUUAGAUGCGGGGGUCUUGCGUAACAUGGUUGCUCUGGAUCACCUCAAUUUUCGUAAUAAUCAAAUUUUAGAUGUACCUUAUGAUGAAAAUUUAGAACACUUGAUACAGUUGCGACAACUAGAUUUGUCGCAAAAUAACAUAGAAAAUGUAAAUAACCAUAGUUUUGAUCAAAUGCAUCAAUUAAGACUGUUGAAUUUAAGUAAUAAUGUGAUUAAUGAUUGCGAUUGGACAGCCUUCGAUGGCUUAAGUGGAUUAAAAAUUCUAGAUUUAGCGGACAAUAAUUUAACCGUUGUGCCAACAGUACAGUUAUCAAAACUCUCCAACUUAACAAAUUUAGUACUUAGUGGAAAUUCAUUGACACACAUACCACCGGUAGCAUUUCUGAAUCUAUUUCAACUACGAGAACUUCAAUUAAAUGAGUUACCGUUCUUGGUAAAGAUUGAUGCGAGAGCAUUCGUCGACAAUACAAAUCUACAAAAGUUAGAAUUAGAGAACAACAGACAAUUUUCCGAACUGCCACUCCGCCUCUUUCACAACAACCCCAAUCUCGUAGACAUCUCAAUUCGUGGCAACAAUCUUCACACCUUGGAUGCCAUUCAAUUUCCGCUUGACACGUUGCAGCGUCUCAUGCUGGCAGACAAUCCCCUGGUUUGUAACUGCUCCCUGCUCUGGCUUUGGAGACUUGCGACAGAAAAUGAAGUCGCCCAUCCCUCAGAUAGUGUCGCCAAUGGCUUCCGUUCCAACCAUAACCUAGUCGUUGACCGAGAUGACAUCGCUUGCUUCAUUGAAGACGAUAACAUGAAGGUAAAAAGGUCACUGCACAAAAUGUCGGAGAACGAGAUAAAUUGCCCGGCGCACUUGAUUACGAUAAUUAGCAGCAUAUUGACGGUGCUGCUUGUGUUUAUCGUAAUUGUAAGCAUGUUGUACUACAUGAAGGUAGCGAAACGCAGAAAACACGUGGUCGAAGAGGCGAAAAAUGUGUGCAAUGAACGAAUUGUGCCGCAAAAGAUCGAUCGAGUCGAGUUGGAACGAUAUUUGGCGUCGCAGGCAAUUGCGAACGAUUAUCAUGCACUGCGACCAUGGGAGGUCCCCAUCAAAGAUGCCGUCAAAUACAAUGAAAUAAGCGAUCCCAAUGACCAUUACGAGCACUUUGAAUACUACGAUCAUAAACGAACGUUGCACAAGCCGCACGUCGUGUACGUAUGACUUAAAUCUUAGCUAUAUAAUUAUUAUAAUUAUAACAAUUACAACUCAAACAAUAAUUAAAUGAAAUGGUAGUUAUAAAAAAAAAAUGUAUAUGAUAUAUAUUUGAGACAGAAAUGAAGAUGAAGAAGAAGAAAAAGCAGAAAAAAAAACAUUUAGAUAAGAAAAUUGAAUUGAAAUUUAUAUAAAAUAUAACAUUAAUAUAAAGAUAACAUGAAAAAAGCAAGGGACUUAUGCAAUCUUUAAUUAAUAUAUUUC